AUGUGUCCCCCCCACCACCCCAGGCUGCCCAAAAAGGACAACCCGCGGCGGGCGCUGUGGCUGGAGAACAGCCGGCGGCGGGAUGCGAGCGGGGAAGGCCGCUGGGACCCGGCCUCCAAGUACAUCUACUUCUGCUCCCAGCACUUCGAGAAGAGCUGCUUCGAGAUAGUCGGCUUCAGGCAGGACCCCACUCCUUCCCCACCGGACCCCCCUUUCACCGCCGACGUCUCCUGCUUCCCCCGGGAAGGCGAAGACCCCGCCGCCCCCCCAGCCGGAGAUCACGGUGGUGUCCCGGCCCUUCCUGGUCCCUCGGGUGCCCGCGGUCCCCUCCCGGACGGCCUUUUGGUGGCUACGGGGGACGAAGAAGCCACAGCCACCCCGGCUCUCCCUGAAGGGGACCCCCCGGCACCUCCCCGUCCCGUUUCCCCGUCCCUCUACAUGCUGCGGCUACCGCCGCCGGCCGGGGCGUACAUCCAGAGCGAGCACAGCUACCAGGUCGGUAGCGCCCUGCUCUGGAAACGUCGAGCCGAAGCGGCCCUCGACGCCUUGGAUAAAGCCCAACGGCAGCUCCAAGCCUGCAAACGUCGGGAGCAGCGGCUGCGGCUCCGCGUGGGAGAGCUGCAACGGGAACGUCGGGUUCCCCUCGAAGCUCGCCGAAUUCCCAAGGAACCCCCGGCGCGGCUGGUGGAGCUGCAGCUGCUCGGAGAUGGCGGCGAGUGAAGGGCUUCCCGGCGGACGCCCCCGGCUCUUCUCCUCCUCUUCCCUGCCCCGGUGCCGCUGGGAAGGGUGACCGCUGCUGUCGUGGAAAAGGAAGGACCAUCAUCGGGAAGGUGGACCGACAUCAUCAUCAACACGGGGUGACCCCGAUGUUGUCAUUGAUACUGGGAGACCGUCGCCAUCUCCAGAAAUGGACGGAGAGUGCCAACAACAACAGGGUGACUGUGGCACUGACAUCAUCUGGGGGGGGGACAGGCGCUGUCACCGGUAACGGGGGACCCCAGCACCGUUACUGGCACCAUCAUCGGAAACUGGGGGGGACACGCCGACA